GACAGUCGUCCAGCAGGAUGAAGCUGACGCUCCCGAACCCGGGCCUGGAGAAGCGGAUCCCGUCCCACGCCGACCUGGACCGCAUGGAAGUGGAGGAGGCUGACAGCAGGCCCAAAUGGGACAACAAGACCCAGUACAUGCUCACCUGCGUGGGCUUCUGUGUGGGGCUCGGCAACGUCUGGAGGUUCCCGUACCUGUGCCAGAGUCAUGGGGGAGGUGCAUUCAUGAUCCCCUUCCUGAUCCUGCUGGUGCUGGAGGGGAUUCCUCUGCUGCAUCUGGAGUUUGCUAUCGGCCAGAGACUCAGGAGCGGCAGUGUGGGCGUCUGGAGGUCCAUCAGCCCCUACCUCACUGGAGUCGGUAUCGCCUCCAUGCUGGUGUCGUUCGUGGUGGGCAUGUACUACAACACCAUCAUGGCCUGGGUCAUGUGGUAUUUCUUCAACUCCUUCCAGGACCCGUUGCCAUGGAGCCAGUGUCCUCUCAAUGCCAACAGAACAGGGUAUGUGUCGGAGUGCGCCCGCAGCUCGCCUGUGGACUACUUCUGGUACCGGGAGACCCUGAACGCGGGGACGACCAUCGAGGACUCGGGAGGCCUGCAGUGGUGGAUGGUGUUGGCUCUGCUGAGUGCCUGGGUCGUGCUCUACGUGUCGGCCAUCAGAGGCAUCGAGACCACCGGGAAGGCUGUCUACAUAACUUCCACUUUGCCGUACAUCGUGCUCACUAUCUUCCUGAUAAGAGGAUUGACUCUAAAAGGCUCCAUCGACGGGAUAAAGUUCCUCUUCACCCCUGACGUGAAUGAGCUGAUGAACCCCAGCACGUGGUUGGACGCCGGAGCGCAGGUGCUGUUCUCCUUCUCGCUGGCCUUUGGAGGCCUUAUCUCUUUCUCCAGCUACAACUCCGUCCACAACAACUGUGAGCAGGAUGCGGUGAUCAUCUCGGUGAUAAACGGCGCCACCUCCGUCUACUCGGCAACAGUCAUCUACUCCAUCAUCGGCUUCAGGGCCACCGAGAAGUUCGAUGAAUGCAUGAACGGAAACAUCCUGGCUGUGAUGAAUGCCUUCGACUUUCCAGAGGGUAACCUCACGGAGAGCAACUACAAUGCCACCGUUACCCAACUCAACCAGACACACCCAGACAUCAUCGCCGGCCUGGACCUGGAGUUCUGUGACCUCAAGCAGCUCCUUAGCCAGGGCGUGGAGGGCACAGGCCUGGCCUUCAUCGUCUUCACGGAGGCCAUCACCAAGAUGCCGGUGUCGCCCAUGUGGUCCAUCCUCUUCUUCAUCAUGCUCUUCUGCCUCGGCCUGUCCACCAUGUUUGGCAACAUCGAGGGCUGCGUGGUGCCCCUGCAGGACCUCAACAUCCUGCCAAGGACGUGGCCCAAGGAGGUCUUCACCGGCCUGACGUGUCUGGUGUCCUUCCUGAUCGCGUUGAUCUUCGUGCAGGGCUCGGGCAGCUAUUGGCUGGCCCUGUUCGACAGUUUCGCCGGCUCCAUCCCGCUGCUCGUCAUCGCCUUCUGUGAGUUGAUGGCCGUCUCCUAUAUCUACGGCAUCGACAGAUUUAACGAAGACAUAGAGUUCAUGAUCGGCCACAAGCCUAACAUCUUCUGGCAGUUCACCUGGCGUUUCCUGAGCCCAGCCAUCAUCCUCGUCAUCCUGAUCUUCUACUUUGUCACCACGUUGUCCAAACCGCUGGAAUACCUCGUCUGGGACCCUAGCGCGGAGGUAUUCCCAGUUCUGAAUGAAGUGGGCUAUCCUGACUGGAUAAGCGCCAUCAUCUUCGUCCUGGCCGGAAUUCCCAGUUUGGCGAUUCCCUGUGUUGCCAUCAUAAAAUUCAUCUUCUGCCGGAACAAGUCAGGUGAUGACGACGUAGAGGCCAUCAGCACGAUAUCUGACACAGUGAAGAUGAAAGACAUCAAGACAUCCAACUAAAAUCUCCGCUCGGUGUUCAUCGAGAUGACGCAAUGUCAAGCUUGGCUGCAUGCCGGCCCUUUUAAGAGACAAUGGUCGUUCUGUUUGUGCUUCAUAAAACGCCAUGGUUAAAGUUUAACCGAGAACCUGUGCAACGUUAUCAGAAUAAUGGUAUAAACACGUCGUUAGCGCUUCCUUAAAGGAUAACUCCAGCCAAUUUCAACAUGCAGUUGUAAUGCUUACACUACCCUGGACUUGUCAGUGAUCCUGGUCAUUGUAAUGGGGGCAGGUGUUUGUUUACAUUUCAAAAAAUAAUUUUUAUCUAUUCCCAAAAACAUCCAAAAGGUUAUGCAACAUCAGCAGACAACUAGCAAACAGUGAUAUAUUUUGGGAAAAUAUUUGGAGUAGGCCUAUGUUAAGAUUUUUUAAAAUGUAAACAAAAUCUGCCCCCAUUAAAAUAGCUCAUAUCUCGGAAAGGGCUGAGCCAAAAAAUGCGGCAUCACUGGGUAUAUGGCAAGUCAAGGGUAGCGUGAGCAAUACAACAGCAUAUUGAAAUUGGCAGGAGUGCUCCUUUAAAUAUAAUUUAUAUUGAAAAACUAUUUAAAGCCAUGUCCUCCAUCAAUUUGUUUUCAGCUGGACAUUGUCUUAUGUUUAUAAAAACUUGUGUAAAAAAAUGGCAUAAUGCGAAUGAUGUUUAAAGCCAUUAUACUAGUCCACUGCCGUGUUUUGCCAUAAUGGAAACUCCUGCAUGGAAUUGCACUUUGUCCACAAGAGUAUUGUGAGGACAUUAUAGGGUAUUUUGUGAACAAAUUUCUGUGUAGAUUAUGUUUUGUGAGAUGUUUGAGAGGUUAUUGUUGAACAUAUUUGUGAACUGACAGAGAUUCACCAUGUGUGUCUGAUGUUAUUUAUGUUUGAAGGGAAUUAUCAGUAUGUGUACUGAUUUAUCAAUAGGCAUUUUGUUGGAGUGUUAUUAUUUCAUUUUGAGUCCUUUCAUAACAAGUGAUUGUUUUUAAUUUGAAUA